GAGCCCAUCAUGGCGUCUCCCAGCGGCUGCCGGCCGCAGCCCGGCGGGCAGGGCGGGGGCGGCAUCGGUGCCGGGCCCGGGGUUCUGCGAGGCGCCGAGGAGGACGCCGAGGGGCUGUACGUGGCGGUGGAGCGCUGCCCGCUUUGCAACACCACCCGCCGCCGUCUCACCUGCGCCAAGUGCGUGCAGGGCGGGGACUUCGUCUUCUUCGACGGCCGCGACUCCGAGAGGUUUUCAGACAAGAAAGAGAGGCUGAUGCAUCUUAAGACCAAACAGAGAGAAUUCCAAAACCAUGUUUUGAAGGCCAUGGAAGGCAAAGAGAUAACUGAUCAGCUGAGGUGGAAAAUAAUGUCUUGCAAGAUGAGGAUCGAACAGCUGAAGCAGACCAUUUGCAAAGAGAAUGAUGAGAUGACAAGAAAUACAGAGGGGCUUCUGAGAAUUAAGGAGGAGAACCAGAAGCAUUAUCGCAGGGCUCAGCGGCAUCAGGAGAAGAAGGAGAAGAUCCAGAGGCACAACCGCAAACUGGGGGACUUGGUUGAGAAAAAAACCUACGACUUGAAAACCCAGCAUGAACACCUGGCCAACCUCCGCCGGACGCACAUCCUGGAGCUAACAUCCGUCAUAUUUCCCAUUGAAGAAGUAAAGACGAGCAUGAGAGAUCCUGCAGAUGUGUCUUCUGAGAGCGACAAUGCUAUGACCUCCAGCACUGUGAGCAAGCUUGCAGAAGCCAGGAGAACCACGUAUCUCUCUGGGAGAUGGGUGUGUGAUGACCACAAUGGGGACACCAGCAUCAGCAUCACGGGGCCUUGGAUAACCCUUCCUAAUAAUGGAGACUACUCAGCGUAUUACAACUGGGUUGAAGAGAAGAAGACUACGCAAGGACCAGAUAUGGAACAUAAUAACCCUGCUCAUACCAUCAGUGCUGCAUUGUGCUAUGCAACUCAGCUCGUUAACACUUUGUCUCUCAUACUUGAUGUAAAUCUUCCCAAGAAGCUCUGCAACAGUGAGUUCUGUGGGGAGAAUCUCAGCAGGCACAGGUUCACGCGAGCAGUGAAGAAGCUGAAUGCUAACAUCCUUCACCUCUGCUUCUCUCAGCAUGUCAAUUUAGAUCUGUUGCACCCACUGCAUACGCUCAGGAACCUUAUGUACCUGGUCAGCCCAGACACUGAGAACUUGGGCAGGUCUGGGCCUUUUGAAAUCAGUGCUGACCUGGAAGACUCCAUGGAGUUUGUGGAUCCCAGUGCCACCGGCGAGACAGAUGAGAGCGGAGACGAGCACGUCAGCGACGAAGAGACGGAUCUGGGGACAGACUGGGAGAAUCUGCCGAGCCCCAGGUUCUGCGAUAUCCCUUCCCAGCAGGUGGAGAUGCUGCAGAGCCAGAGCACGCAGGUGUCACAGCCCAUUGCCAGCAGCAGUGCUGGCGGGAUGAUCUCCUCUGCUGCUGCCUCAGUGACCUCCUGGUUUAAGGCGUACACUGGACAUCGCUAACGAGCAUGGGAAAAGGAUCCCAGGAUUUUGGAAGGAAUCCCUCCCCAGCAGUGCUGUAGUAAACCUUACAUAUUCAGUUAAGUAGUGCCUGGAACAAAGAAAAGGUCAGACUUCAAUUUUGUAAACCAGAAGAACCUUUUUAUUGACCCACGAUGACUGUGAUGGUACCGUUUUGUAAAUUAGCUAGCUAUGUAAUUCUGACGGAUUCUGUGAUGGCACUUUGUGUCUUGGUUCUGUCUGCAUUGUUGGAUAUCAGAGGAGGACGACCCGGCGGCCUCCAGCUCUGUUUCCUAAAGAAGAAACAGAUUCUGGAGCGUUUGGAUCCAAACGAGUACAGAGGGAAGGCUGCUCGGUAUUCAGUCUGGACGGUGGUGCAGAUGCAAUUCACAUGUUCUUAACUCCUUACAGGGUUUAUGUUUGUGUGUUUUAAAUCUGUCUUGCAUAAUGCAAAAAUGCAUAUUUCUUAAUUUUUUUUUUCAUUCAGGACAUGGCAAAUAUGCAUUUUUAACAUGUUUUCUAAUCUCUGUUGCCAUAUUUUUUAAUACGGAGAAUCAGCAUGGACAGGAAUUCACACAGCAGGUUGCUCUUAUUUCAGGUUUGGUUGUGGAUCUUGACCAGGUUUUGCUGUAGGAGACUUGCUUGCUCCAUGCUGUUUCCACCAGUCGGUGGUCUACAAGUACCACGUUGUGCUCUCCAGGCACGAUGCUCUUUACUCUUGAUACCACACACCAAAGAAACACUGGACGUUCUCUUAGCUAGACCCACAUCUGACGCCAUUGUUGCAAUAAUACUCAUCAGUUACACCGUGUUGCCACUUCUAAUAUUAGAAAAACCUCAUUUCAAGCUAGCUUCGUGAAGUCCUAUGUUCUGUUUUGUGUUGCUGGUGGGUUUUUCUUUCUGUUCUUGUUUGCUGAUCGCCAAGGAGCGGAUUUCAUCUCCCUGCAGUGCUGCUCCCAGGGCAGCUGGCGUGCUCACAGGGCCACGGGAGGUGUGAUACUGACAGGGCUUUGCUAAUAAGUGCUCCUCUACUUCCUCUGCUUUCUGGGAUGUGUCGUUUAAAGAUAGUUUUGCUCCGUGAGGCUUCCACUGUACGGUUUACAUUUUAUGCAGCUGGGAUGCUGUACAUCUCCCUGGGCGUUUGUGUGAAAUCAUCUUCCCAUCCCUCCCAGAUGGAAGAUUUCAGUCUUCUGUCCUUGGAAGAUGGCAGCAUCCUUGUGCGUAGUGGAAGGGCAGCGCCACCCCUGCUGAGCUCUGUGCCCAGUAGUACAUCCCAACUCUGUCCUGCACAGCAGCCCUUGGUCUUUGGGAUGGGAAUCUGUUUGGGGUUUCUUUAAACCAAAGGCCCUUAACUCCGCACUAACAGCCUGUACGCUGUUCUACAACGCCACCCUUGGUCCUAAACCCAAGCUCGGUUCAUCUUAGGAAGCACAGACCCCCUUGACUACUGCAGUCUUGGCCUCAUUGGCUACUUUCCCCUUAGAAGCUGUUGGUGUCAGAGCAGCCAGCACCCACCAGUGCCCUACACUGGGCUUUUAGCAUUGUGCACCCCAUCUUGCUUCUCUAUUUAUUUUGCAUCGGACUCCACCUACAUAUAUAUUUUUACUACACAUUUCAGUCACUCUUUCCUUGCUGUCUUUGUGUUACGUAGAGCCCUAACAGCCAAACCAUGGUUCUGUUUGUAUGCUGUCAUUAAUGUGUUCUGGGGGGGGAAAAAGCCACCACCACACCUUUUGAAGCCAUAUCCAUAUUUUAACCAUGGUGUUUUCCAAAUAAUUUAUUUGCAACCAUGCCAUAGAGUGCACAGUGGCGCUGCGAGGGUGUUAAUGCAUCGAGACAGGUCCUUUCAAGGAACGCUUUUGUAACAGAAUAGUGUUGUUUUUAAAGUGUUUUGCACGUGUGUAGCGAAGGGAGAGUUACAUGUGUCCAAACCUUGAGUGCAAUCAAUGGGAUUGGUUUUCCAGGCUGUCUGGGGGUGAGGGAGGGAGGGAGGGAAGCACCUUCUGCUCAAUAGAGGUGUCUGAAGGCAGCCCGCUGAGUUUGCAGAACAGUUGGUGUGGGGUGAGGGUUGCAGUUCCAGCUCGGGCUGAUCCCUGCAGCUGGGUUUGGCCAUUGCGACUUCCCCAUGAGAUGGAACUAAAUAUGAUUUUUUUUUUUUCUUUUCUAAGUUUUAUUGUAUUAUUGCAAUAAAUCUUUAACAGUAAUUUUUUUUUU